UCCCUCGUAGCUUUCAUUUUGUCAUUUUUCAUGUUUCAAUCACGAAAAUUAAGUCCCGCGAAAAUGUGCACCAAAGGUGAAAAGAAAUAGCGUGACCUGUACGUACAAAACUGUCACGCGAUUUGCAUUGCUUAUGUGUGCUUAUAAUUCUUCUCAGAAUGGYCACGUGAUAUUUGUUCAACAGCACCAAAAAGAUCGAUGCAAAAAUGGAUUUCAGCGCCCCGUUUCUCUGCACUUACUGGCCAUAUCUGGCUGCAAUCGUACUAGGAGUGGUUGUUACCGAGUUUAUAAGAUUCAUCUCCAAGCCCAAGCCAUUGAAYUACACUGUAGAUGUGGAUCCUUUCAACGAGGAAAAUGAACUUCCACGCGAUCCGCUUGACGUCCAUAUAACUGGUGACUCAGACGUUCCAAUGAUACCGUAUCCCUACUUUGAUGAGAUUCCUAGUGAAGAAGAGAUGAAGAAAAGAGCAAGAGAGUUUUAUGAGUGUAUGAAUAAAAGGAGAACCGUCCGAAAUAUCUCGUCUGACCCAGUACCUUUGGGUGUAAUCCAAGACAUCGUUCGCACUGCAGGUACUUCGCCAAGCGGAGCUCACACCGAGCCAUGGAUCUAUGUUGUUGUCUCUGAUAAAACACUCAAGUCUGAGAUUUGCCGAAUUGUYGAGGAAGAGGAACAAGUAAACUAUGCAAAAAGAAUGGGUGCAAAAUGGCUCAAAGAUAUCGAAGUGUUUAGAACAACUUGGUCUAAACCUUACAUUAUAUCUGCACCAUACCUCAUAUUGAUCUUCAAGCAACUGUACAGCUUUACUCCUGACRGCAAAAAGAAAGUCCAUUACUAUAAUGAAAUGAGUGUGUGUAUUUCAUGUGGGAUGCUUCUGGYUGCCAUUCAGAAUGCUGGUCUUGUGACUGUCACCAGCACCCCAAUGAAUGCAGGGCCCCAGCUGCGGCAACUUCUGGGUAGACCAUCCAAUGAGAAGCUACUGAUGUUGCUUCCGGUGGGUUAUCCUGAAAAGGAUGCAAAGGUGCCUGGCUUAAAGAGAAAACCACUGGAUCAGAUAAUGGUGCUAAAGUGAAARCUAUAACUGCACUGUUGCAGUAUUCUGGUUAAAUGACUGUAAAGGUAUAAUGGACCAUUCAUUUUUUUACUGGGGAGGGGAGGGUAGAAGGAUUUUAUUGGCAAACAAUGCAAAGAAUCAGACCUGUUCUCUGUAAAUGAAUUUGAAAAACGUUCAUAUGCUGUGCAACUUGAAAUUUUUCUUUGUAACACCUGGCACCAAAUACCACAUUUAACCUGUAAAAAAAAUGAAUGGUCCCUUAUAGACAUUUUUACCUUGUAAAGUUUACCCAUUUUAGGCCAUAUA